UAAAAGGUCAAGGAGUGCCCGCAGGUCGAUUCAAUGUCAAUGGGGUUGGAAAUGCAGGACAGGGAGGAGCUGGUAAACCCAUGAAGGGCUACGGUAAUCCAAUUUAUGGAGCGGGAAUGGGAAACACUAGAAACCUCAACAGGAACCAAGGGAAGGCAUAUGGCCGUCAUGGUUAUAAUAAUAACGGAGCUCAACCAUUGGGAGGCUAUAACAAUGGUUAUGGACACGCUGGUCUGAGUCUGGGACCUCGAUAUGGAAAUAAAGGGAUAAAAGGACCACAGCAAGGUUCAAGAGCAGUCGCUGGACAGGGAUCAAAGCCAAACGGUAAUCCCGCCAACGUGAUAUAG